CAGAGCCGUAGGGCACCUCAGCAGUUUGGGGCUUCCAGGUUUUCCGAGGCCCCCGGGGAACAGAAGGAUGGGAGAGUAUGGGUACCCCGCGCAGAGACAGGGGUAGCCGUCAGCAGUGCCCAAAGUAAGCCCACUCCCUCACUUCCGUCAGCAGGAGAGACUGGGGGCCCGGACGGGCCGGGAGAGGGGGCCAAGGGAAGAACAAAGGUCCUCUGUGUUCCCCCGGGUCUCCUACGGCGGGGUAAGACAGCUGGGAAGGCAGGGCGUAGAUGGGGGUCAUUCUGGGUUCCAGAUCAGGCCGUGGGCCUAGGUGACCUUGGGGUGUCCCUUUCCCCUCCUGGCCUCAGUGUCCCGGUGGAGACGCUGCGUGUCCCCCGGCGGGUGAGCUGGGGUAUAGACCAGCGGAGGCAGGGCCCGGGUGGGAGCAGGACCGCCCACUGCGGCGGGCCAGGACCUCCUGAGCUCGCGUGGGCGGCGCGCGGGGCUCCUCCCCCGGGGCGGGGGUCGCGGCGCCGGCAGCUGGCAGCCCCGCAGCUGCAGCCUCAGCACCUGCCGCCGCCAGACGGCGCGGGCGCAGCCGGGCCCGGCGUCUUCCCCCCCCACCCCCCCCCCCGGGCUGCAGCCGCGGCGCGGGAGGCGGAGCCGAGCCGCUGCCCGAGCCCGGCCCGCUUACCGUGGCCGCCGCUGGGCGGGGCGCCCCUGCCAGUGCUCCGGCCGGCUCCGCGUGCGCGCGGGCGGCGCCUCUUCUGCAGGGCUAAAGUUGCUGCAGCUGAUGGGCCACCUGGGAACCAAGCUCAGGUGCUCACACCGGUGAGGCACACAGUCACACUAGACAAAGACACCCUUCUCCAGAACUAUGGAUUCCACAUUUCUGAGACUCUUCCGCUCACGGUGGUGGCUGUCACAGCAGGUGGCUCCGCUCAUGGCAAGCUUUUCCCGGGUGAUCAGAUUCUCCAAAUGAACAAUGAGCCGGCUGAAGACCUCUCCUGUGAACGAGCGGUCGACAUUCUCAGGGAAACUGAAGACGCUCUGUCAAUCACAGUUGUUCGCUGCACUUCGGGAGUCCCCAAGUCAUCCUUCUUGACUGAAGAGAAGAGGGCACGGCUGAAGACCAACCCUGUGAAGGUGCACUUUGCUGAGGAAGUGCUGGUCAGUGGGCACAGCCAGGGGAACUCUCUGCUCUGUAUGCCCAACGUGCUCAAGGUGUACCUGGAGAAUGGGCAGACCAAAGCUUUCAAGUUUGAAGCAAACACAACUGUGAAGGACAUCAUCCUCACAGUGAAGGAGAAGCUGUCCAUCCGAAGCAUCGAGUACUUUGCACUGGCCCUGGAGGAGCAGUACAGCGCCUCCCGCCUACACCUACUGCAUGAAGAGGAACUCAUCCAGCAGGUGGUGGAAAGGGAAGAAUCGCAGGACUCCCGCUGCCUCUUCAGAGUGUGCUUUGUUCCCAAGGACCCCCUGGACCUGCUGAAAGAGGACCCAGUGGCCUUUGAAUAUCUGUACCUACAGAGCUGCAGUGAUGUCCUCCAGGAGCGCUUUGCCGUGGAGAUGAAGUGCAGCUCCGCCCUUCGGCUUGCAGCCCUGCACAUCCAGGAGCGGACCUAUGCCUGCGCCCAGCCACAGAAGAUCUCCUUGAAGUACAUAGAGAAAGACUGGGGAAUAGAGAAUUUUAUAUCUCCAACUUUACUCCGAAAUAUGAAAGGCAAAGACAUCAAGAAAGCCAUUAGUUUCCACAUGAAGAGGAACCAGAAUCUGCUGGAACCCCGACAGAAGCAACUUAUUUCUGCAGCUCAGCUCCGCUUGAAUUAUCUUCAGAUCCUUGGGGAACUCAAGACGUAUGGCGGGAAGGUCUUUAAUGCUACUCUGAUGUUACAGGAUAGAGAGUCCUACAUUGCCCUUCUGGUUGGAGCCAAGUAUGGGAUUAGCCAGAUCAUCAAUAGCAAACUCAACAUCAUGUCCACACUGGCCGAGUUUGCCAACAUCAGCCGAGUGGAGCUGACGGAAGAGUCUGAGAAAGUGAGCAUGGUCAAGGUCUACCUUCAGGACAUUAAGGUUCUGACAUUGUUGCUGGAAUCCAACAGUGCAAAAGACCUGGCCUGCUUGAUAGCCGGGUACUACAGGCUGUUUGUGGACCCGGCCAACUCUGUUUUCCUCUGGUCUGGAAACAGACAGCAGAUCCACCGGGUGUCUGCUGAAGAAGGCUAUGAGUCGAGGGCCUGCAGUGACUCGGAGGAGUCCUCCGAAGUGGAUUGUGUCCUGGAGCCCCUGUCUGACGGACGCCUGGUGAAGCUGAGCCUCUGCAGACCGUUCGUUAGAGAGGAUCAACCCCCUGGAGACAGCCCCACACCGGAGGUGACCAGGAGAGGCCCAAGCACCUGUGGGGCCAGCAGCAUGACGGACAGCGCUGAAUCCGAGGCCUCCGACUCAGCCAACACUGAGAGCCGAGGCUGCAGGACCAGCGGCUCCAGUGAGUCCAUGGACGCCCUGGAAGAGGAUGACUUAGAUGCAUGCUCCUCCAGCAAGAACAGCUUCUUCCAUUUUGGCCCCCCAGGCUUUUCAAAAGGCCUUGAUACCAGCAGCCAAGAGGAAAAAAUCAGGGUCGAGACCAGCGGUUUCCUGUGUUUGCUGGACCUCGCCCAGAAUGCCAACCCUGGGUGCCAGAAGAUAGAGUGUCCCCAGGGCCUAGCUUCAGAGGCCUGCAGCUGGGGCUCAGACCUGAGCAUGGGCAGGCUAGACCCCAGGUUGUAUGAGGGCAGCCGGACUGACUACUAUAGCUUGUGUUCCAGCGUCUCCCCAGGAAGCCACCUGAGUGAUAGCUCUGAGAGUACGGCUUCCCGGCAGGGAGCUGCACCUCCACCGCGGUACCAGCAGGGCUGGAUGGAGGCUCAGCCCAGCUCCACGCUGGGAACGCUGGCCCUGCAGCCACUGCCACCACUGGCCUUUGAGGACGGCAGCUCAGAUGAGGAGUACUACGAUGCAGCCGACAAACUCACACCCCCCGACACACUCUCAGGGCCGAGAACUGCCGGUCUCAGUGCAGUGAAAUUGCAGACUCAGUCUAGAUACCGUGGCUCCGAGGAAAGCCUGCAUCCGGGCCCCGAGGGAGGAGAAGCAAGCAGGCGGGGAGGGGUGAAGAAGUAUGCCAAGACCCUGAGGAAAAGGAGGUCCUUCCUACAGACAGACCACACCUGCCAGGUCUCCUUCCCCAUGGAGCCAUCUGCCUCCCAAGAAAACAUGGAUGACGUGUGCUACUACAACAGAGAGCCCUACCUGACCCUCACCGCCCCCUCCCCAACUGUGUCCUCCCUGCAAGACAUGCAGGGUGAGCCAGGCCUCCUAGAGACCAAGGCCUUGGGGUUGCUGGCUUCCCUGAGGGAGACAAAGAACAAAAAUCCAGCCUCCAGGAUCAUGGAGAUGGAGCCGGAGACCAUGGAAACCAAGUCAGUCAUUGACUCUCGAGUGUCUUCCAUCUCUGCCAUUCGUCUCCGAAUUGACCCCAACAACACAGAGACUCCCGAGAUUGCUCCCUUGGCUGUCACCACUGAGGAUGGUCCCUCGACAAACAUCCCUCACAACCCCCAUUGUUCCAACCCAGGUUCUUCCAGCCCACAGGCUGCUCAGGUCAGGCCUUUCCAAAUCUUAUCUCAAGACCAAGGUGGCACCACCCCCAAAGAACUCAUCCCAGGGCCUGAGGACUCUGUGGCUGACCCUAAUCCAGGCAUCCCAGGGCCUCACCACAUCCCUCAAAAGGACCCAGCAGAGCCAGAAGGGGUACAGUCAGAAAUGGACGUGGGAUCUUUUUUAAUAAAUCAUAUACAAGAAGUUACCCCCAAGUCCACAGGGCCCCAGUGUCCUGGAGAUGGGCCUGUAAGUGAUGAAUGUGGAAUGCAUUCAGAAGAGAUGGCCUUUGCUGCAGAAGAGGUGCCGCAAGGACAGCUGUCUUUGGAAAGUGACAGUGAAGUAACACACAAAAAUGGCCCCAACUUAUUUCAGAAGGGAUUUGGGAAGGACUUGGGUGAUUUCAAGGGUGAGGGGUCAGAUAAUGUUCCAGAGGCUCUUGAUGGUAGUGCUCUAGCUGGUGAAAUAACCGGUUCCCUCUCCUCGGAGGCUCCCGGAACAGGGAUAGGACAGAUCCCACCUGACUCCCACGGAGAAGAGAGAAAAGCCAUAGGCCAGGCCAGCCAGGAACAGGAACUAUUGGCAGAACUGGACUUGGGCCCUGACUUCUUACGUGGGGUGCAGGCCAUUCCAUCAGCCCUCCCUCCAGACAGGGUCAAGGCAGAGCAGCUUAGUUAUGUGAUAGGGGAAGAGACAGUCCCUAUGGGUCCCCCUCAGCAGGUCUGCGCCCUUACAGUACCUUCUCUGCCAAAGCUUUCGCCAUGUCAGGAGGAGCCGCGCUCAGCAGACUCAGGCCACGGCUCACCAGCAGAAAGCAAGUGUGACAGUCCUGUCAUUUGCCUUCCACCUGAGAGGUCUUUCCUGUGCUUUGCCCCAGAGAGCUAUCCUGAAGGCUCCACCAGUCUCAGCAGAACUAGCUCUUUGGGUUUUGCUGGCAUGAAUGAAAUGGUGCCUGCCGGAAUUGGCAUAGAGCAUUGCAGAUGUCAGUUCUCCUAUGCCACAUGCUUCCGUGGCCCGCAGCCUGAGACAGAGGAAGAAGACGGGGACCCACAAACACACCCUGCUGCCCCCCUUACCUCACCACCCUCUGCAGGAAGCGAGGUGACUCUGCCCUGGAGGUCAGCCCGUACGUACAGUUGCACCACACCCCUGUCCAGGAAAAGCCACAUCUGGCCAGAGUAUUGCUCCAGGGCUCUGAGACAACUAAAAACUGUCCCUGCAAGUGCCCCCGAGGGCUUUGUCCAACUCACAGAGAGCCUGCUAGAGCUACAGGACAUUGUGGAAGCUUCCUGGGGGGUUGGCAACAAACACCCCCCUGAGAAAUGCACCUGGCAUUUUUCAGAAAGCCGGAGCCGCCUGUGCAUGGGUUCGCAGAAGCUCCUCUCCAGCUGCCAACAUGUGAUCAGAAUGGACCAGUCCCCUGAGGAGAUGCAGGGCGCUGUGCGAGUCACCUUCCAGCACCUGGUCCAGCUGGCCGGCCUCUGCUUCCAGUUCACGCACUGUAGCCGCUGCUCCACCCGGCACAGGGAAGUGGCUGGGAACCUGAGGGACGUGGUCUUUACCUACCACCAAUUCGUGGAGGCUGCGAAACUGACCUGCGAGAGGGGCUACCACGACCUCAGCGUGAAACUCUUGGCCCGCCAAUGCACGGCCCUCACAGCUGCUGUGUUCUGUUUGACCCAGAAGUUCCGGGCAUCCACUGCUCUGUGAACACGCCACCUACUGGGGGCCCCUUGACCUGCCUGAAAAGUUCUCCAAGAAGCCUCCUCCAGCUCUCCUCCCACCUCCUUUACAUGUUUACUACAUAGAAUAUUCAAAUAAACUGCUGCUUAAUCUUG